UCCUUCUGCUCCAGGUCCCGUCGCGGCUGUGUGCGGGCGGUGCCAGACGCCGAGCCCGUCCCUCGUCGGCCACACGCCCGCAGCUGCGUCGGGCUGAGGAGCGGGCGGCCUCACCAUGACGGCGGCCAUGAGGCAGCGCUUCGACCGGUUCCUGCACGAGAAGAACUGCAUGACCGCCGCGCUCGAGCGCAUCGAGAGCAAGACCGGCGUCGACCGCACCUACAUCGCCAUCGCUGUCCUCGGGGCGGUGGCCGUGUACCUGGUGAUCGGAUACGGCGCCUCGCUGCUCUGCAACAUCAUCGGCUUCGGAUACCCCGCAUACGUGUCGAUCAAGGCCAUUGAAAGUCCCAACAAAGAUGAUGACACACAGUGGCUGACUUACUGGGUUGUGUAUGGUGUUUUCAGCAUAGCCGAAUUCUUCUCUGACAUCUUCCUGUCCUGGUUCCCAUUCUACUACAUGCUAAAGUGUGGCUUUCUGUUGUGGUGCAUGGCUCCCAGUCCGUCUAACGGAGCAGAAUUUCUCUACCAUCGAAUCAUCCGGCCUUUCUUCCUGAAGCAUGAAGCUCAGCUGGACAAUGUUGUUAAAGAUCUGAAAGACAAGGCUGCAGAGACUGCAGAUACCAUCGCUAAAGAAGGUGAGGAAAAGACAAUUCAAUGAUCACACCGAGUAGGAAGAAUUUACCUUUGCAGCUCUAAUAUUAAAGCCAAGAAAGCAACAGUGAACUUAUUGGGUGAAGAGAAGAAGAGCACUUAAAAUUUAACUGGAUAAAGCUUCCCUACCAUCUCCUUUAUGAAGCUUGAUGUUACUGGGAACUGUGGUAUAAUUUUUAAAAUGUUGCCUUGGAAACAUUUUGAUAUAUUAAAGGAAUGUGUUAUAAGUUUGCUUACUACUUUGCUGUUGUCUGUAUAGAGAUUGAGCAUUUUUAUUUAAAAGCAAUGCAGUGGGCAGCAUCUGAAGCUUAAUGAAAACAUUUUAUUUAUCUUCAUGCAGAAAAAAUCUUUCAGUAAUCACCUUCUGUGGUAACAUAAAUAAAAAGUAUAUAUCCCAGAGGCGCUUGCACUUUAGUUGUCUCUUUGUGCAUGUAAUUACUCUUAAUGCUGGCUUUGGUGUGUCUGGUCUUACACGUUAGCGUAUAAGGACAAUAUGAGUCUGAACAGGGGAUUAUUUGAGAGAGAUGGCAGAGCAGAUGUAUUCCUCACUAGUGAAGUAGUGAACGAUGAAAUUACCUGUUCUAGAGGCACCUGAUGAUAGCGAUUAUUCACUGUCGCAUGUUUCGUUGUGUUUGGUACAAUGUGCAUAUUCUUAAAUGGAGAGACACUAAAUAAGGGAAAGAGUAACUUCAUUCGAGUGAUGAGACAUAUUAGUGUGAGGUAAUUUGACAGAAGUGAUGCACUAAAGUUGCACAAAAUGAGCACAAGAUGACUACAGUACAACUCCCUUGCCUUUUCUCUCUAAAUAAAGUUGUCAUCUAAAAUUGUAAAUAGAGUGCCUUCUGAAGUUCACGUGCAAAAACCACCUUUUCAUUAGGAACGAUAACAUUACAAACACUUCUUCCUAAAGUCCCGAUGAAGUAUUAUUUACUGCCUUAGGAGUCGGUCCACAGAACUACAUCAUUAAUGGGGUUGACAGCCACUGCCACAAGCUUUUUUCUGCACAUAAGCACCUGAAAUCUGUUCUGACUGUCCAAGAACAGCUUUGCAUGGGCCCUGAAAAUUUGUGAAUAGGGAGGGAUGCUAUUAUUUAGAUUACUUGACAUCUUACUGACCAUCUAUAAGAAUGCAACCAAAACAAAGAGAAUAAACGCUUUUUCAUAGUUGAUGGAAAAUAUUUUUUGUAGAUCUGAAGCUGCAUUUACUUUCACACUACAGUAUUUUCAACAAAUUCAGCAUGAAUUACUGAAAUCUCUGUUCUCAUCUCAGUGCUGACAUGCCUCCAAAGCCCACAGUAGUGCUCUGACAGUUUUAAACUCACAAAACACACAGAAGAUAGAAGGUAAGCUUGAACUUUUGAUGUGAUAAGAAGUGAUUUCUGGUCUUCAGCUUAAAUUCUAGAGUAAAACAGGCUUCUGAAGAUUUGGGGAUUUUUGUAACAAGUUGGCAUAGAAAACUGCACAGUAAAUUCUCAGGCACAAGCAGUGUAAAAGAAUGAAGCACACGGUUACUCGGCAGAUCAAGUUUACGUUUGAGAAAUGCCUAUUAUAAGAAGAGAGAUAAUAGUGUCUUAAGAGUAUGCAUUUUAAACUUCAAGCUGCAAAACAUAGACCUUAGAGCUGUCAAACAGCAACGUGAAUAGGGAAGUAUGAGGUAUUAUGCAUUAUUUUCUGUAGGAACAGUGUACUGCUUGUUAUUUUAAGAAAAAAACUAGUGUCACACACUGUCAUUCAAUGGCAACAUUUUUUUUAGGAGGGGAUAUGCGGAAAAGAAUACUGGGUGAAGCAAACUUCUUGUCGUGAGCAAGUAGGAAGUUUGAAGAGACCCACACAUUUAAUGCUUUAUUUUCUUACUUUCCUCUGUCUUUAGCCUGCUGAACUUUUCUGUAAGCCAUACUAAAUACUAAUGCUGCGUUUUUAACGCUGUCAACUGUGUGCAUACCAGUCACGUUGCCAGUGCAAUUUAGUCUCGCCUCUUGAAAUAAUCUUACAGAUAGCUAAAAAUUUGAUUUAGGUACAAGCUACUGCAUAAAUUGCUCCCUUAAAAGCUGUUGAUAAAUCUUAGACUUUCCAAGACUAACCAGAGCUGUACUAGAUUCACAAUUCUCAAACUAGUCAACAGUUCUUCCACUGUUAUCAGUGGAGAUAAAAUGCUUUUAGCUUAAGUUUUAUAAUGGUCCUUACAUCUCUUAGAACUUAGCAGUUAGUCAGGCUUUAAAUCAACUUCUGUUAUGUACAACUCAGUAUUUCCUGACCCAGCAGCUAAGCUCAGUGCUCCUUUGUCAGAUUUCUGCUUAACGUAGACCUACUGUCUGAUGGGAAGUUGUUAACAGAACUUGAUCUUGUUUACCUUGCUGCAAGUGGAAAGGAUCAUCUAGAACAUUCAUGGACUUCUAGAGAGACUUAAUUCUGAGAGCUAAAUGUAUCGUGUCCUCACAGAAACAGUUAACAUCUAAAAGAUGGAGGAAGUUCUGUGAAGGCUUCAGUUAAAUAGUGUUUCUGCAGCAGGUUGUCCUUUCCUGCACAUAACUCCACUGGGCUGGCCCUGCACACUGUGCUCUUCUCGAGGUCUUCUUCACAACGUAUAUAUGCAAAUGUUACUAUACAGAUCUACUCAAUGUCUGUGCUGAACUUGUAAUGUGCUAAAUAAAAACAAAUAAAAGGAGAUUCUUACAGGA